CCUCACAAGCGCACCUUUGCACCAUGCGCUUCUCUUUGGUUCUGUCGCUCUUGCGCCCUGUGGGGCCUGUGGUGGUUGGGGUAUCCCUCGGUUUCACGCUCAGCUUGCUCAGUGUAACCUGGGUGGAGGAGCCCUGUGGGCUCAGCCAGGGCAGCUUAAGAGAUGGGGACCGGGAGCAACAGCAGCACCAAGCAGGGCAAGGUAAUGCCGCCCGGAAGCCCAAUUCUGUACCUGGGGGGCUGGGCACAGAGCCGGAACAGAGCUGGGAACCCCGUGUCCUGCCCUACAAGCCUCCAAACCCAGGCAAGGCUGCCAAGAAAACAAUCAGAACCCGAUACAUUAGCACGGAGCUGGGCAUGCGGCAGCGUCUCUUUGUGGGUGUGCUGACCUCAAAGAACACGUUGCACUCCCUGGCAGUGGCAGUGAACCGCACGCUGGGCCACCGGCUGGAGCGUCUGGUCUACUUCACAGGCACACGGGGGCGCAAGGUACCGCAUGGCAUGAUGGUGGUGACACAUGGCGACGAGAGGCCCAUCUGGAACAUGUACCAGACCAUCAAGUACGUGCUGGACCAUUACGUGGCCGACUUCGACUGGGUGUACUUGGUUCAGGAUGACACCUACACGGAGGCCCAUCGGGUGAACCGCUUGGCCUCUCAUCUCAGCAUCGACACUCUGCUCUACAUGGGCCGGCCUGAGGAGUUCAUUGGUGGGGACACUCAAGGACGCUACUGCUAUGGCGGCUUUGGCUACCUGCUGUCCCGGGCCCUGCUCCUGCGCUUGCAGCCUCACUUGGAAAGCUGCCGGAACGACAUCCUGAGUGCCCGUCCUGAUGAGUGGCUGGGACGCUGCAUCAUUGACUACACGGGUGUAGACUGUGUGGCAGAGCAUGAGGGCCUACAUUACCAGUACUUUGAGCUUGGAAAAAACAGUGAUCCAGAGCGAGAGAGUGAUCCACGAUUCAAUGCUGCAUUCACCGUUCAUCCAGUGCUGGACCCUGUCCAGAUGUACCGGCUUCACAGACACUUUGCCCGUGUUGAGCUGGAGCACACGUACCAAGAGAUCCAGCAGCUACAGCUGGAGAUCCAGAACACCAGCAGCCUCUCUGCAGAUGGCGACCUGAGUGCCACAUGGCCCAUUGGCAUUGCUCCCCCUUUCCAGCCAAAGACCCGCUUUGAGGUGCUUCGUUGGGAUUACUUUACCGAAGAGGCCGCUUUUGCCUGCGUGGAUGGUGCCCCCAAGUGUGAGCUCCGAGGCGCAGAUGCCGUGGACGUAGCAGACGUGGUCGCUGCAGCGGUGGAAGAGCUGAACCACCGAUACCAGCCGGUGCUGCAUGUCCGCAAGCAGCAGCUGCUGAAUGGCUACCGCCGCUUUGACCCUACCCGAGGCAUGGAGUACACACUGGAUCUGCAGCUUGAGGUGGUGACCCAGAAGGGGCACAGCCGCUCCCUGGCCAAACGGGUGCAUCUGCUACGCCCUCUCAGCGAAGUGGAGAUCAUCCCCAUGCCCUACGUGACGGAGGCGAGCCGAGUAAACGUCAUCUUACCGCUGACGGCCUCAGAGCGCGACUACGCCGCACGCUUCCUCGAGGUCUAUGCCACGGCAGCCUUUGAGAAUGCUGAGAAUGCCGUGCUGACCUUCCUCUUCAUCUACGACCCUUUUGAGGCACAGCAGGUGGCUCAGAAUGAUGUCUUUGGGGCAGUGAAGGCCCGCAUCACGGAGUACGAGCGGCGCUACACACAGGUAAAGAUCCCCUGGAUUAGUGUCAAGACGGAUGCGCCCUCCCAGAUCAAAGUGAUGGACAUCAUCUCCAAGAAGCACCCCGUGGACACCCUCUUCUUCGUGGCUGGCGUGAGCACUGAGGUCACCACUGAGUUCCUCAACCGGUGCCGCAUGAACACCAUCAACAGUUGGCAGGUCUUCUUCCCUAUCCACUUCCAGGGCUACAACCCCACGAUUGCCUUCCACAACCAGCCCUCGUCCCUUUCCAGCUUGGACCUGGUGCGGGACGCUGGCCACUUUGACCGCGACGCCUUCAGCGAAGCUUGCUUCUACAACGCUGACUACAUGGCGGCCCGCACCCGCAUGGCGGCCGACGCCCAGGACAACGAGGACAUCCUGGAGACCAUGGACAUCUAUGACCUUUUCGUCAAGUACUCAAAUUUGCACGUCUUCCGGGCGGUGGAGCCGGCCCUUCUGCAGCGCCACCGGCCCCACAGCUGCAACCCCCGGCUGAGCGAGGAGCAGUACCACCGCUGCGUGCAGAGCAGCCUGGAGGGCUUGGGCUCCAGGGCCCAGCUGGCCAUGGUGCUUUUUGAGCAGGAGCAGGGCAACAGUACAUGAGGACUGGGCCAGGGCCGGCUGGCCGGCCGCUCCCCCUGCCCGGCCUUCACAGCCUGGAGCGGCAGAGGAGAGCUGCAAAGGGCUGCUCAGGCUCUGGGCCAUGAGUGCUGUUCUGGCUGGCCUUCCAGGUCACCUUGUGGACAGUAGAUGAGGAUGGGAGCUGGGAGGCCUUGGUUCCCACCCCAUGUUUCUAUUGCUCUGUUUUCCUGGCUCAGACCCAGGCCCUCCCCCUGGGCAAGCGGGAUACGCAGCGACAAGCCUCAAGGGAGGGCAUGCAGGACCCUGGGACUCCCUGCCUCAGACGGCUCAGUGCUGCAGCUCCCGCCUUGUGGGUACCAGGGCUCCUGGGGAAAGGGCCUUCUGCAUAAGCAACAGGAAAGGGGGGCGGGGGGCUGUUGAAGUAGAGGAGGCCGGGCUGCUGGAUUCUGGGGCAGAAGGCAGAGGACUCAACCCUGGCCUAUCAGGAGCACCGGUCUGCCCUAUGGCUGCAGUGUUUAACUUAACAAACACUCCAGAUGGGUGUGGGAGGGAGGGCAGAGGGAUCCCUUUUGUUUUUGUUCUUCCUGCGACGCUCCCCAAGGACACCACGACUCGGGCUGCUUUAGCCUCCGAUUAGGAUUGGUAGGGGGUAAGAGGGUGACGCAGACCUGGCAAGAGCUUUCAGUAGGAGAGUCAAGCUGCCCCUGCUGCCAGGCUGGCUCUGGCACGGUGGGGAUGACCCCUAUUUCUGGUGCGGCCUGCCAUCUCCUUUGCCACCUGCUGGGCUGGAGAUAGGUGGACUUUGCCUGUCUUGUAGCUGUGUGCAGUUGCCCAGAACUCUUCAGCAGGGUGGGUUGUGUUGGUCAGCCUGGUGCUGGGACCAGGAAGCGGGCCCAGAAUGGGGGGAGCAGAUGGAACGUGACUCUCCAGUGGGUUUAUAUUUAACACGGGGUUGGUGACUAAAACUUGUUUUGCAUUUAAUAAACUGGAGUG